UCAAAACAAACAUAAAUAUCGACAUCGUUGUCGACAUUUAGAUUAAUUUUUACUCGUACGCGCAUUUCAACUAAACAAGAAAAACACAAAAAGAGUGUAAUUCGGUUACAACCGUUAACACUAGAGGCGCAAUCUUCCAAAGAUCCAUCCAAUUACUCGGAUACGCAGAUGGUAUUGACAUAAUUGGAAGAUCAAAGCGUGAUGUCAGUGAAGCGUUUUGGAGCAUUGCGAGGGAAGCGAAGAGUGGUCAAUGAGGGCAACACCAAGUACAUAUAUUCUGUCAUCAAAAAACGGCAUUGAACAACGACGGCUUGGACAAAAUGUCACCAUGAACAGCUAUAACUUUGAGGUAGUUAAGGACUUUGUCUACCUAGGCACCGCUAAACACAGACAACGACACCAGCGCUGAAAUCAAACGAAGAAUAACUCUUGCAAAUAGGUGCUUCUUUCGACUUAGAAGGCAAUUGAGUAGUAGAGUCAUCUCUCAAACAUCUAUAAGACACUCAUUAUCCCUGUUCGCAUUUAUGGCGCUGAGGCCUGCACUCUUUCAAAGAAAGAUGAGACCGUCUUAGGAUGCUUCGAGAGAAAAAUUGUUCGGGUGAUUUUUAUUCCCGUAUGCAUAGAUCGAGAAUGGAGGAGAAUAUAUAAUGACGAACUGUACGGGCUGUACAGCGACAAUGACCUAGUUAGCAGAAGUAAAGUCCAACGGCUAAGAUGGCUUGGCUAGGUCAUGUAGAGCGAAUGGACAUCAACCCUUCAGCCUGGAAAAUUUUCGAAUCCAAGUUGGUUCAGAGAACAGCUUGCGUGGGCACCACAGGGGCCAUGCGUACUUGCCCAACGGACACCUUAAACGUUAUUUUGGAUCUUCUACCAAUCGACCUUUUAAUUAAAUACAUAGUUUCCUGCAGCGCUAUUAGGCUGAAGGAAUCAAACAGCUGGUUGUCAAAACCUUAUGGUCAUAGCAACACAACGAAAUUUUCCUCAGAUAUUAUCUCGGUAGACACUGACUACUGCACUCCUACUUUGAGCCUUAGUAAGUGUUUUAAGGUUAUUUUCCCAUCGAGAGAAGAUUGGGAGGAUGACAUCGUGUCGAUAGGUUUCGACACAACCACCUUUACUGACGGCUUAAAGAUGGAGUGCGGAGUUGGUUCUGGGAUUUUUUCUGAGUCCCUUAAUGUAGCCAAAUCCUUUAGGCUUCCUGACUUUGCUAGCGUUUUUCAGGCUGAACUGCUGGCAAUAAAGGAGGCAUGUAAGAUAGUUAAACAAAACCAAAACGGAAAUGCGGCUAUCUUUACAGACAAUCAGGCAGCUGUCAAAGCCAUUCACUAGGCCAUAUCCUCAUCUAAAUUGGUCCAGCAAUGUCGCGAUGAGCUUGCGAGCCUGAAUAUUAAUCCGGUGUAACCCUGAUCUGGGUUCCGGGCCGUAGUGGUAUCGUGGGAAAUGAACAGGCUGACGAGCUAGCCAGUUAAGGAUCAGCCCUUCAUAGCUCACUUGCGGAAAUGGUUAACAUUCCUCUUGGUGCUAUGAAGGGUAAAAUCUUUUCUAUCUACCAAACUGAAUCAAACCGGAGGUGGAGCAAUUUACCCAACUGCAUUAUAUCUAGGAAGAUAUGGCACACCUAUAA